AUGAUUUCCUUUCGAAAAUGCGUGUUUAUUGCGUUCGUUAUCAUUUCAGGCCUCUUCCUCCUCCACGCGUCUCACGCCAACCCGGUUGUUAUCAAUGCGGAGACCGACUCUCACCACCAGCGAUCAGAAGAAAUACAGUCGGAAGAAGUGCUGGAGAGCACACCGGUCACUGCUAAGCUUGUCCCGGAACAGCCAAAGACGCUUCGAGACCGCCUCAAAUACCACUUCCCGUACAGCGUUGCGGCCAAGUUUCCUGGAUAUAUUUGGCAGACAUGGAAGUACACUCCCGCCUCCGGGAAGUUCGACCCGACAUUGCGGCCGCUGGAAGCAAGCUGGACUGAAUACCAUCCCGGGUUCGUCCACCAGGUCAUCGACGACGAGAGUGCACUAUACUUUCUAAGAUAUCUAUAUGCCUCCUUCCCGGAAAUCAUCGAAGCAUACAACGCCAUGCCAUUGCCUGUUCUCAAGGCAGACUUCUUCCGCUACCUGAUCCUUUACGCUCGGGGAGGAAUCUACUCCGACAUAGAUACGUUUGUCAUUCGGCCAGCCACGGAAUGGAUACCGUCGUCUUUUGACCGAUCGACCAUUGGACUAGUUGUUGGCAUUGAAGCUGAUCCUGACCGUGUCGACUGGGCCAAGUGGUAUUCGCGAAGAAUACAGUUUUGCCAGUGGACCAUCCAGUCAAAGCCGGGCCACCCAAUUCUUCGAGAUGUGAUUGCAACGAUCACGGAGGAGACAAUGCGCAUGAAGGGCGAUGGUCCUCUAACGAAAUCGAAAAUGGAUAGGUCGAUUGUGGAAUUCACCGGGCCUGCGGUCUGGACGGAUGCUAUCUUCAGAUACUUCAACGAUCCAGUCUACUUCCCUAGUGAGGAUGGGAAGCUCAGAAAUAUCUCUGCUACCCACUUCACUGGCAUGACGAAGCAAAAGCAGAUGGGAGACAUUGUUGUUCUGCCGAUUACAAGUUUCAGCCCGGGUGUACAGCAGAUGGGCUCUGAAGAGCUGGACAGCGAGAUGGCUUUUGUCCAGCACCAGUUUUCAGGAUCGUGGAAGUCGAGUGAAGACAGGCGAAUCGGCAAAUGGUAA